AUGACGCAGACGACUCACGCCAUCUCCCUCACCGGCUCCGUCGCCACCGUCACGGAGUACCUCGGCUUUGCCAUUAAUAACAUUCUCUACCAGCGCGGUGUCUACCCGCCCGACGACUUCCAGCAGGUGAAGAAGUUUGGUCUGUCGCUCAUGAUCUCCACCGAUGCGGAUUUGAACGCGUACCUGGCGGAGCUUCUACAGCAGAUUUCGUCGUGGAUUGCGCACGGAACGUGCCGGCGUCUGGUGAUACUUAUUACCGACGUUCAGUCAGUGCGGACGAUGGAGCGGUGGGAGAUCAACAUAGAAACAGAGCCCGCAGCGUCGUCGUCGCGCCUGCACAGCGGCGCUCGCAAGAGCGAGGAGGACGUUCGCAUGGAGAUUCAAGCCGUGAUGCGGCAGAUCACCGCCUGCGUGUCCUUCCUGCCUGUGAUUACGCAGCCGUGUGCCUUCGACCUGCUCGUUUACACAUCCGCAGACGCACAGGUGCCGUCGACAGCGUGGGAACCGAGCGACCCACAGGUGCUCAAGCGCGGCACCGAAGUCAAGCUGCGCUCCUUCACCACGUCCUUCCACCACGUCGACACGAGUGUGGUCUACCGUGAGUGA